AAAAGAACUGAACCAAAAAUGGAAAUAUGAUGCUUUCUUGAGCUUUAGAGGUGAAGAUACCCGCAACAAUUUCGUUUCCCAUCUCCACAAACGCUUGGAAGAGAGAGGAGUCAAUGUAUUCAAAGACGAUGAGAAACUUGAAAGAGGAAGACCCAUUUCUGCAGAACUAUUGAAAGCCAUUGAAGAAUCGAGAAUUGCAAUUAUCAUCUUCUCCGAGAACUAUGCUUCGUCCAAAUGGUGCUUGGAGGAGCUCACCAAAAUUAUGGAUUGUGUUGAAAAGAAGGGACAGGAAGCGAUCCCAAUAUUCCACAAUGUUGACCCAUCAGAUGUACGCUGGCAAAGAAAUAGCGUUGCGGUAGCAUUGGCUAAACUCGAGGCAGAUUUCAAGGGUAGUGAUUUGGGGAAAGUGCAGAGUUGGAAGGAUGCUCUCUAUAAAGCAGCCAAUAUAGCAGGAUGGGAUGUUGGUAAAGCUGCUAAUAGGAAUGAAGCAGAAUGUAUUGACCAGAUUAUAAACGAGAAAUUUCAAAAUCUGCACCACACAGUUUCAGCUAAUGAGAAGUAUUUAGUGGGAAUUGAAUCUCGUACUGGUGGAGUGGAAUCUUUGUUGAAAGUUGGAUUAGGUGGUGUCCAUUUUGUGGGGAUAUGGGGGAUGGGUGGCGUGGGGAAGACAACAGUUGCAAGAAAAAUCUUUGACAAUAUUUCUAACCAGUUUCAAGGGUCUUGUUUUCUUGCAAAUGUUCGAGAAGAUUCAAAGAAGCAUGGGAUGAAACACUUGCAAAUGACACUUCUUUCAAGAAUCCUAAACGAAAAAUCUAUGAAUAUAGCAAGUUUCUAUGAAGGAGCUGACGUGAUAAAAAGAAAGCUUUGUCUCAGGAAGGUUUUAAUUGUUUUUGAUGAUGUGGAUGAUGACCACCAGUUGGAGUAUUUAGUUGGACAGCAUGAUUGGUUUGGUGAUGGCAGUCGAAUCAUUACAACAACCAGAAAUGCAGAUUUACUUCGUUUCCAUGACACAUUAUAUUCUGUCCCUGAAUUGGCUAAAUGCGAGGCUCUUGAACUUUUUAGUUGGUAUGCCUUUCGGAGAAGGACUCCCGAUAAAGAGUUUUUUGAACUCUCCAAAUCUGUAGUAGAUUAUGCUCAAGGCUUGCCCUUAGCUCUUAUGGUCUUGGGUUCUUUUCUCUACAAACGAGGCAUAACUGACUGGAGAAGUGCAUUGGAUAGACUUAAAGAUACUGGAUACGAAGAAAUUGUUAAGAAGCUCAGCUUAAGUCUAGAUGGAUUGGCCUAUGAAGACAAGAACAUAUUUCUUGAUAUUGCAUGCUUCUUCAGGGGAAAACGGAGAGAUGACGUGAUAACAAUUCUAAAUAGUUUUGGCUUCAAAUCAGAGAUUGGAAUGGAUGUUCUUACUAAAAAGUCACUUAUUUAUAUUUUAGAUGGAAUGGUUGAGAUGCAUGAUUUGAUAGAACAAAUGGGCCAGCAAGUGGCACAUGAUGUUGAUCAGGACAAACCAUGGAAUCACAGUCGAAUAUGGCAUGAAAAAGAUAUAGAAACUGUUUUUUCCACAAAUCAGUGGACAGAGUCGGUUAAAGGCAUAAUGGUUCCAAUUGGCUCAGACCAACAUAUAUGCAAGUGGAGCAAAGCUUUCAGAAAUAUGCCUUGUCUUAGGUUACUCAUUGUCAAAGGGGAGGAGGUCCGACAUUAUGAACCAGUUUCUGACACUAUCGAAUAUCUCCCCAGUAGCUUGAAAUGGCUUGAUUGGUCUUACUACAGUUUUGAAUCUUUACCAGCAAGUUUUCAACCACAAAACCUUGUUGGGCUCAAAAUGACUUUUAGUUCUCUUGUUGAAAUUUGCAAGGAACCAAAGCAGGCAUUUGACAAGUUGACAAUUCUCAAUUUAAGUUUUUCACAAAAUUUACUCCGAACACCCAAUUUUUCUGAGAUUCCAAAUUUGCAGAGAAUUGUGCUGAAAAGUUGUUUAAGCUUGGUUGAGGUUCAUCCAUCCAUUGGCAAUCUCAAAAAGCUUAUUUCUCUGGAUAUGAAGAACUGUAGAAAUCUCAAGUUCUUACUGAGCAGUAUUCAAAUGGAAUCUCUUGAGAGCCUCAACCUCACUGGUUGCGAGAAAUUAGAAGCUCUUCCAGAAAUUCAGGGGAAUAUGGAAUUACUAUCAGAGCUUCUUUUGGGAUGUACUGCAAUUUGGGAACUGCCAUCAUCAAUAGGACGGCUAUUUGGCAUCAGCUUACUUGAUUUGCAUUCAUGUGAAAAUCUUGUAAGACUUCCAGCCAGUGUUAGCAAGAUGAGAAAACUGAAAGUUUUGAUUCUUAAAGGCUGUUCAAAUCUGGCAACCUUUCCAGAAAGCCUGGGUGAUCUAGAAGAGUUGGAGGAGCUUUAUGCUGGAAACACUGCCAUUCGGCGACUAUCAGAUUCUAUGAAAAAGCUAAAGAAACUUAAAAUCCUAUCAUUAAAAAGUAGACAGGAGAGAAAAUUUGAAUUUUCUACAGAUAUGAUAUGCCCUUGUGCAUAUUAUGGUUUUAGGGUAUUGGAAAGUUUGGAUCUCAGUGGAUGCAAUUUAUCUGGUGACACGAUUCAUGCUCUUACAUGCUUGACUACUUUAGUGGAACUAAACCUGAGCAGAAACAAGUUUGUUUCUCUACCUGAUAGCAUCAGACUACUUUGUCGACUUCAAUAUCUCAACAUAACACACUGUCAUGAACUUAAAAAACUUCCCAAACUUCCUGAAAGUAUAAAGGAACUGUAUGCAGAAGAUUUUCUGGCCAUACAAAGUAUUUUAGCUCUGUGGGUAUACCGAAGGUUGUAUUUGGUCUCAUUCACCAACUAUAGUUUUAAUCAACAAUCAUAUACAGAAAAGAGCAAUGAUAACUCGGUUUUGGAUCAGAUUCUCAGCUUGUUUCUUUCAGAGAGUAUAGGUGAAAGGAUGACUUACUCUAUAAUCUUUCCUGAGCAUGCAAUUCCUACAUGGUUUAAACAUCAGAGUAUUGAGGAAAAAAUCUUGCUUAAACUGCCUCAGGAUUGGUAUGAUAAUAGUUUCGAGGGCUUUGCUAUAUGCUGUGUCACUUGCAUGGGGGCAGGUGUCCACGAUCCUGAUUCAGGGCUAUCAGGGAAGUAUGACCAUACUUUCAUCAAAGCCAAAUUGAUAUGCAAUAAUCAUCCAGAAGAGCUUAAAGUGCUGGAGAAAGAAUGUAAAGUCAGUACCACGUCUAGAAGUUAUAGCUGGUGUUUUUGCUUUGCCUACAUACCCUUUCAUUCUUUGCUGCAGUUGUCUGACCCAGAGGUUAGAGACUUUAACCUGUAUGGCCUAUUUGAGGCAUCUAUCCAAAGGAGAAUAACGAGAAAAUGGGGAGUUCAUUUGAUUUACAAGUCUGAAAGACAAUAUUUCGAGAGCAGAACUGAGAAAGAGUUGCUUGCCAAGAUGUUGAGUCGAAAAGAGUUGCUUGCCAAGAAGUUGAGUCGAGAAGAGUUGCUUGCCAAGUAUAGUCUAGAAGAGUUGCGUCAGAGAAUUUAUCGAAAAUCAUUUGCAAAAUCAGUUCAAACGUAUACUGGUUGCGAUCGCUGCCGACUCCCUAUCUAAGGAAUGACCCUAUGGCACCUGCACUUGAGGCCAGACUGAAGUAGCUCCACAAGUUGGUGCCUUCGAGGGAUUACCAAGAGUUCAAAUUUAAGGUGAAUGAAGAAGAAGAGAUGACAGAUGCAAGGAGGUUCAGAAGCUUGGUUGGAGGUCUAAUAUAUUUGACGCACACUAGGCCCGAUAUUGCAUUCUCUAUUGGUGUUGUUUCCAGGUUUAUGCAGUAACCUUUAAAGGUACAUUAUGGAGCAACGAAGUGAAUCUUGCGAUACAUUGCUGGAACUUUGGAUUUUGGUAUUUGAUACUCAAGCACCAAUAAUUUCAGAUUGUACGGGUACACAGAUAGAGAUUAUGGAAGUUCAUUGGAUCAUAGACGAAGUGUUUCAGCAAAUGUUUCACUCUAGGCUCAGGCGCAAUGACUUGGAGUUCAAAGAAGCAAGCUACAACAACAUUGUCAACCUCAGAAGCUGAGUAUAUUGCAGCAACUUCAGCAGCUUGUCAAGCAGUCUGGUUAAGAAGAGUGUUAGGAGAUCUUCAACAAGGGCAGAAGGGAGCAACGAAGAUAUGUUGUGACAAUAAAGCAACUAUCUCCAUGACAAAGAACCCAACAUUCCAUAGCAAGACAAAGCAUAUUGAUAUUUGUUAUCAUUUUAUCCGUGACUUGGUAGCAAAGGAGGAAAUAUAGUUGGAAUAUUGCAAGACACAAGAGUAGCUGGCUGAUGUAUUGACGAAGGCUUUAUCAAAGGAGAAAUUCUGCUAUUUCAGAGGAUUGUUUGGUGUAUGUAGUUUUGAAUAAAGAGGGAAUGUUGAAUAAUGAUUCAAAACAGAGUAGGAACAAGGAGUAGGAACAAGUAACGUAGGACAUGGGUAGUUUGGUAGAACUAGGCUUUUGAAUUCUGUUAAUUAGGUUCCUAUAUUUACUCAAGUUUAAUUAGUGUCGCUGAAAUAGAGUCUUAGUGGGUUAUAAGAUCUAUAUUUUAGGGAUAGUUGUUUUCUCUGUUAGCCUAUAUAUUUGGACAUCUUGUAUUUUGUUAUUGUUGUAAAAAAGUUUAAAACAAAAGAAAAGAUCAUGCAGUUUUUUUCUC